AUGAAGCUCGAUACGAAAGCAGCCGUCGGGACGAUGACAGAACCCAUAGGAGGAAGCAUUCUAGAUCUCGGAGUCCUGAGGGACAGAGACCGAGAUCGGGAUCGAGACCGCGACCCUAACCGAGAUGGUCACCGACGACGAGAUCGUUCCUUAGAUCGCCGUUACGACCAUCGAAGAGACGAAGACUACUACUACUCGAGGAGGGACAGAUCAAGAGAGCGCAGACGGUCAAGGGACCGUGCCGAUCGCCGCAGGAGCCGAGACAGAGACCCUCGCUCAAGGCACGAUGAACCUCGUGACAAGGACCGCCGGGUUAGAGAUGAAUCUACAGAAUCACGGAAGCGCAAGAGGGAUUCCAGUAGAGACCGCCCUGCGAAGAAAGAUCUAACUGAUGUGUCCCGAGAAGUAAGUCAAGCCACACGCUCCUGUGUGUCCAGUGCUCAUCGCUCUAUUCAGACCUCGAAACCUUCAACGCCAACCGCGCUCACAGCAGAAGACCAAAAGGCAGCCCGACUUGCCAAAUUGGACCAAUGGAAGAGGAAACAGGCUGAAGAACAAGCUAAGAAGCAAAAGGAACUUGAGGCUGCUGGCGGUGCGCGCAGUAUUUUGAAUGAGAUUGACCGAAGAGCAGGACUUUCUCCAGCUGCGGUCUCACCACAGUCUGCCACAACACCCGUCACAGUAGAUAUCCCUUCUCCAGCUCCCAUGCCUUAUGCAGGCAAAUUCGAUCCAAAAGCAAUCGCAAAGAAGGCCCAUCAUACCUCCUCUGCAACCAAAGUCCUUGGCGGUGAUAUCACUACCCCGGCUGUUACAAAUGGCCACCCAUUGAAGACGAGCUCGUCAACUUCUACGUCCAAUUCACCGACAAAUUCCCACCUCGCAAAAUCGUUGAAGGCCACUGGCAAUCUGGGCAAAUUUGGACUCGGAAGCAAAGCUUCUAUCGAUACCGAUGUUGCCAAGAGGUCUUUAGAUUUUGAGGAUGACGAAGGUACGAAGAAGAAACUGGAAAAGUUGCCGAAUAUGAUCCUCGAGCAGACUAAUGGUACACCUGAUGCUCAACCUGACGAAGCCGACGAGGGAGAUGAUGACGUUGAUCUCCAAGACGGUGAUGCAGGAGAGGCGGGGCUCGCUGCCGCACGUGCUGCUGCAGAACAACGUAGCAAAGCUGAAAGGGGGGAAGACACUAAUAUGGUUGAUGCACCUGCAGCUCCUGAUGCAACAGCUGCCGAGAUACAAGAAGAUAAGGAAGAAGUUGACGCUCUCGAUGCUUUUAUGCUGGACCUGAACCCCGUUACAAGAGUAGGGCCCUUCAAGCAGAAGGACAGCUUGAAGUCUCGACAACGUGAGCCAGAGGCUCUUUUCGGAGAUGACGAAGUCGAACUAACCGCGGUCGACGAUGAGAAUCCCGAUAAUAUAUUAUCCAUGGCUAGUGCAACAGCCAAGAAGAAAAAGAAAGAUAUACCUGCUGUAAACCAUUCCAAAGUUCCAUAUCAACCUUUCCGUCGGAAUUUCUAUUCAGAACCCAUCGAUAUGGCAGACUGGACAGAAGAAGAAGUGAUAAGCCUCCGAAUGCAGCUCGACAACAUCAAAGUACGAGGUAUUGAUGUUCCAAAGCCUGUUCAGAAAUGGGCACAGUGUGGUCUGGGCGUUCAAGUUUUGGAAGUCAUUCAAAAGCUGGGUUAUGAAGCACCAACGAGUAUCCAGGCCCAAGCGGUACCAGCAGUCAUGUCUGGCAGAGAUGUCAUCGGUGUGGCAAAGACUGGAUCUGGCAAGACGAUAGCAUUCUUGCUUCCAAUGUUUCGACAUAUCAAAGAUCAACGUCCUCUCGAGCCACUUGAUGGGCCUAUUGGCUUAAUCCUGAGCCCCACAAGAGAGUUAGCUACACAAAUUCACAAAGAGUGCAAACCUUUCUUGAAGGCUCUAGGACUGAGAGCAGUUUGCGCCUAUGGCGGUGCACCUAUCAAGGAUCAGAUUGCCGAUCUCAAGAGAGGUGCUGAGAUCGUGGUUUGCACACCUGGUCGUAUGAUCGACCUACUCGCUGCCAACAGUGGCCGAGUAACAAACUUGAAGCGAAUAACAUAUGUCGUUCUUGACGAGGCUGAUCGAAUGUUCGACAUGGGUUUUGAGCCACAGGUCAUGAAGAUACUGUCCAACAUCCGACCAGAUCGCCAAACGGUUCUAUUUUCUGCAACUUUUCCACGCCAGAUGGAAGCGCUCGCGAGAAAGACACUAUCUAAGCCAGUUGAAAUCGUUGUUGGUGGGCGAAGUGUUGUAGCCCCCGAAAUUACUCAAGUUGUGGAGGUUCGAGAAGAAAGUACGAAGUUCAUUCGACUGCUCGAGCUCCUUGGUAAAUUGUACGAGGAUGACAAGAACGAGGACGAUCGGGCACUGAUUUUUGUUGAUCGACAAGAGUCAGCAGAUGGUCUUCUUCGAGAUUUGAUGAGGAAAGGGUACCCUUGUAUGUCAAUUCAUGGAGGCAAGGAUCAGAUUGACAGGGACUCGACCAUUGACGAUUUCAAGGCUGGAGUUGUCCCAAUUUUAAUAGCUACAUCUGUUGCUGCUCGCGGACUUGAUGUCAAACAGUUGAAGCUUGUUGUCAAUUACGAUGCCCCAAAUCAUCUUGAGGACUACGUGCACCGAGCUGGGCGUACAGGCAGGGCAGGAAACACUGGGACUGCAGUCACUUUCUUAACGGAGGAUCAGGACAGGUAUGCCGUUGACAUCGCAAAGGCGCUGAAGCAAAGUGGUCAACCUAUACCUGAGCCGGUCCAGAAAUUGGUUGAUUCGUUUAUGGAGAAAGUCAAGUCUGGCAAAGAAAAAGCUGGUGCUUCAGGUUUUGGGGGCAAAGGUUUGGAACGACUUGACCAAGAACGUGAUGCCGCCAAAGCUCGAGAACGCAAAACUUUCAAGACCGGCGAAGAAGGUGAUGAGCAGGAAGAAAAAGAGGAAGAAAAGGAUGUUAAGGUCGGCGACGACAUUUUCUCCAAAGCUGCAUCCGGUGUCAAAGCAUCCGAAACCCCAUCAUCCACCGCGCUUCCUGGUGUACCCAAAGGUAUUGAUCUCGAUGGAAAAAUCACAGUCCAUAAGACUGAGCGAGAAACUCCAUCGGCCGGGCCUACAAACCAGAUGGACAAGGUCGCUGCGGCGGUUGGUGCCAUCAAUCAGAAAUUAUCCAAGGCCGGGGUCAUGCGCUCUGGUGUUCCUAUUGACAACAAAGGCCCGGACGCUGGGGCUUUCCAUGCCACUUUGGAGAUCAACGAUUUUCCCCAAAAAGCACGUUGGGCCGUCACCAACCGUACAAACGUCGCGAAAAUCCUCGAAUCGACUGGCACCUCCAUCACCACGAAAGGCUCCUUCUACCCCACUGGCAAAGAGCCUGGACCAAACGAAAACCCGAAGCUGUAUAUUCUUGUUGAAGGCGAUACUGAGGUCGUGGUACACGACGCAAUGCGUGAGUUGAUGAGGUUAUUGAAGGAAGGCACCAUGAGCGCCGCCGAUGCAGCUGAGAGGACAACAGGUCGCUACUCAGUCGUCUAA